CCACCCUGCCCAAUGUGGGGAAGAUAUUUCUCUGACAGGACCAGGGAAGGGACUGAGUGUUGAACGCUGCACAGGGACUGGCAGGGAAAUUCUUAAUGUCUUUAUAUACUGUUACUCAGAGAUCUUUCCCAUGAAGAUCCUACAGUGAGAACUGCAGUUAUUGACCGGGAGACAGAGAGAUUCUGAAGCAGACCUGCCCCAGCCAGCCUCCUGUAAAUACUUGGUUCAGGCCCCUAGACUUUGGAAGGAAGAAAGGAAGGUGUGUGUGAGGGGAGAAGAACAGGAAAGACCAAGCAUUCCACAGUGGAGGGUUAAUGAUGAGUGAGCUGAGUCUAAUGUAUUGGUCUGUGACUAUAUCCAGCCAGGAGCCUGAGGAUGAAAAUUAUGGAUGUGCAACAAAUUAUUUAACUACAGUGAUCAUUGACAGCAUCACUCUGCUCCUCUGCCUGUUCGGGCUGGUGGGGAACGGGAUCGUGCUCUGGUUCCUUGGCUUCCAUAUUAAGAGGAACAUCUUCACUGUCUAUAUCCUCAACCUGGCUGCUGCUGACUUUGGCUUCCUCCUCUGCCUGCCUGGUUUCCUUAUAACCUUUAAUGCCAAACAUUUAUUUUGUUUUCCUUUAGUGGGAUUUAACUUAAUAAACUCAUUUCAGCUGCUGGCUAUGCUCACAUACAGCACCAGCCUUUAUCUCCUGACGGCCAUCAGCACUGAGCGGUGUGUGUCUGUCCUCUUCCCCAUCUGGCACCGAUGCCGCCGGCCAAAGCACUUGUCUGCCAUUGUCUGUGCCCUGCUCUGGGCUCUCUCCUGCCUGCUGUCAGGAAUAGUGUAUUCUUUGUGUUUUGUUGAUGGAACUGAAAAUUGUUGGAAUACAUUUCUACCCAUGUAUGGCCUGAAUUUCCUAACUUUUGCUCCCAUCAUGAUUGUGUCCAGUCUGAUCCUGUUCAUCAAGCUCCGACGUGGCUCACAGCGACGUCAGCAAGAAAAGCUCUACACUGUUAUCCUGCUCACCGUCCUCUUCUUCCUCAUGUUUGCUGUUCCCCUCAGUGUACAAUACUUCCUUGACCUUAUUCAUUAUAGUCACACUAAUGAGCUAUCUUACCUGCUGGCCUCUAUAAACAGCAGCAUCAACCCAGUUAUUUACUUCCUAGUUGGGAGCUACAGGCAGCACCAAUUCAGAGGUUGCCUCCCGUUCGCGCUCCGGAGCAUCUUUGAAGAGAAGACAGAUUUGAGAGAGGUUGGAGAAACCUCCAGACAAGACACAGUGAAGAUGUCAAUUUAAAUCUUGGCAGCACCCAGCCUGGGACACCCUGUUCUGGGGAUGGAGAUUUCCCUAGUUCACAUAGUCAAAAAAAUUAGAGAUGGAAAGGACCCAGUAGGUCAUUUGCUAAAUUCCUCCCCUUCCCAACCCAGAGCAGGAUCCUUCCUAGAGUUGAUCCGCAGGUUUCCGUGCAGUUGUAAAGAAUACCAAUGGGUCACACAGGACCCAAUCCUUCUCCCUCUGGAAUCAGUGGGGGAAGUCCUAUUGACUUGAAUGGAAGCCGGAACAGAUCCAUAAUGGGCUCAUUCACUUUGUUUUUGAAAUGCCACUGAACACUAAUUUCACUUGUGGUGGAACGUGCCUCCCAGUGUUGCCUGAUGAUGGUUGUUGCCUUUUCUGUAAUGAGAUUUUUCACAGUCUUGUGACUUUUCCUGCUGAGUGAAAACACAGUGGUCAGGAAAAAUGGGGUGUAGACUUACAAUGAUAGUGCAGAAAUAUUCCCAUAUAAAUCAUUCCACAGCCAGCUCUCCUGUCCACGAAAUGCAGAAGGUGCUUCGAUGCAACUCUGGACUCUCGCUUCAGCAGAUUGAUAUUUGAAACCUUUACCACUAUUGCAGUGGAAACAAUUAAGAAUUACUAUGAACUAACAAGGAGUUAAUAUCAUCUAUUAAUAAGGCCUGGAGUUUGUGGUAUAAGCUUCUUUAGUGAUGUUUAUUUGCAAAUGGUAUGUCUAAUUUCAAGGAUGUAAUGUGGUAACUUACUGGUAUCAUUACUAUGUAAACACGAAAUGUGUUAUGUAGUAAUAUGAAAACAACUGACUAUACUGUGUAGCUGGAUAUUAAUAUAAGAAACCUUCUGAGUAAGAAAUAUUAAUAUAUAUUGAGGGGAUUAUUUGGCAAUGCUUAACCAACCUUCUUACCAAACACAGAAAGAGAAGAAGAACCUUUACAAGGAUGGUCAGAAGAAAGGACAAUAGCUUCUUUGAUACCCAUGUACGUUUAAUGACUCUCCAAGAAUCACUAGAGUACAAAUGUAAUAUUAAAAGCUGGCAGGCUUUUAUACUGGAAAUAGAGAUGUUCAGCCUUAGUAGAAACAGAAUUUCAAUUGCUAUUCAGUGCUAAUGGAAUUAAAGGAACAUCUAAGAAAAUUAUUUGAGUAACAGUUAAAACUCCAUCUUUAAUGAUGUUCUGAGAAUUUCCUGCCACAGAAACAAAAGCAAUGUCAUCACAAGGAUGAAGGAGAAUUACAACCCUGCUCAGUGUGCAUUAGCAGAUUGCACAGUCAUGAUCUGCAUAUCCUACCAAGACCAACCCAUAAAACUGUUGAGCCAAUGCAAAGGUGACAGUGGCUAUUUGGAUCCAGCCAAGCCCAUGGAAGUGGGGGUUUUUGCACCUUCAGCGAGACAAUGGAAAGAGAAAAGUAUAAAUGUCUUUGAAUCAAGAUACCAACACUCUCAUGUCAGCUCUCUUUCCUCAGCUCUGCCCAUUAUUCUCAUCUCUUUCAAGCAAGCUAAUGGGAGCAAGAGGACAAAGAAUAUAGAAGCCACAACACAGAAUGAAGAAGCAAAUUUCCGGUCCAGCCCUUAUUCAACAUCAUUUGUGAGACAACAUUUGCAAAAGCAUUGCAUAAUGGGCAUAUUGAAAUGCUACUGUCAUUUAAGCUUUCCUGUUAAACACCAGAUUGUUUAGACUUCUAGGAAGGAAACACUAGUUAAUUUUGGGAAACAGAGAGAAAUAAUGGGGGUUAAGGUGAAUUUAAGAUACCUGUUUUUCCCUAUUUUGCCAGUCUCAAUGCCAAUCCUUAAAGUAAGUUGGUUUACGAGAAACAUUGCCAUUUAAGUUAAAUGGCUUCAUCUAAGGAACUGAGUUUAAGGCAUUCUUCAGUUUCAUAGGACUUAGUUAAGAUCACCCAUCUCUGUUCAUUUAUCAACUGCCUGAUGCUCCAGUCUUAGAGUCAGACAGCUGUAAAACCGACAGACCCCAGUUAUUGGCAUGCAGGAUCGAACCUGGGGCCUCUGGAACUUAGUGCGUGAGCCUCUAUUGCAUGAGCUAAAAGCCACAUGCCCUCUACCAGACUCAUUAAUCUCUAAGUGGUCUCGGUGCCACUAGAGGGGACAGAACACCACACUCAGCAGGUGUGUGGAUUACAUACUUCCCCUAGCUGAGGAAGCUUCAGAAACUUCCCAGUUGAAAUCCCGGAUGAGCCCCCAUUUGUAACACCGAGAGACCCCGGUCAUCAGUGGGUGAGAUCGAAUCUGGGCUCUCUAGAGUUUAGUGCAUGAGCCUCUACUGCAUGAGCUAAAAGCCACAAGGCUGCUAGCUAAGGCUGUAGCAGACUCAUUAAUCUCUAAGUGGUCUCGAUGCCACUAGAGGGGACAGAACACCACACUCAGGAGGUGUAUGGGUUAUACAGGAACCAUCUGCCCUGUGCAACAAGAGCUCAGUGGGUGAGUCUGCUGCAUUGCCUGGUGUCUGUCCCCAUACUGUUCAGGUCUCCAGACUUACAUCUGGGCUACUCUCCCAGCCUGGCUACCGAUGUGUCCACCUGUUGUCAGGGCCAAUCCCCUAAUUCCAGUUUCAGGUGGCAUUUUGCUGUCCCCCUCCGCCCAGCAGUGCCACAUUCUGUGUGCCAUCUCUCUGUAGCCCAACCCCUGUACUGCUGAUGAAUCUUCAGCCAAUUUCCUUUCUCCAUUUGGGUUUGGCUAAGCUUUUGCUCCAAAGUGCUAUACCCCUCUUUCAAGAAGAGGUGGGCAGGGAGCCAGAGGUGGGAUUUCCUCCCAGUCCUCUAGUCAACCAGGGCUCUGUGGCUUGCUGCCCUCUUUGCCCACCCCCUAAUCAGUCAGGCUUAUGGGGACUAUUGCACAGUGAUCAUGUACAGGUAGGAUGGAGGUUACACACUCACUUCCUUGUUUUAUAGCUAUUGGGUGAUCUCUGUCCAUUGCAUUUCCCUCACUCACUGCUCCUUAAUUGGUAUCUUUUGGGAAUUAUUUAAAUUAUCUAAUGAUUAAGGCUGUGAGUCUGUCAUGGAUGUCACAGAUUCCAUGACUUUCCAUGACCUCCAUGACUUCUGUAGCGGCUGGUGCUGGCUCAGGGGCUGCCGAAGCUGGAUAGCUCCUGGGCCAGCAGCAGCAGUUUGGGUGUGUGGGAGGGGACUCAGGACUAAGGGCUGGGUUUUUGGGGGUGCGAGGUGGGGGCGCUUACCUGGUGUGGGAGGACCCCCCUGCAGCUCCUAAGUGGCGAAGGGGUGGGGGGGUCUCCACGCUUCCUGCACCCACAGGCCCCACUCCCAUAGCUCCCACUGGCUGAGGUUCCUGACCAGUGGGAACUGCGGCAGCCGGCGCUUGUGGUGGGAGCAGCGAAGGAACCCCUGCCUCUACUGCCUAGGAGCUGCAGGGAUGGAGCCUGUAGGAAGCCCCGCCAACCCCCUCCCCCAGCACCAGUGGGGGGUCCCGGGCUAAGCGCCGUGACCUGGCCCCCUCCUCCCCCAGUACCAGUGGGGGUCCUGGGUCACCUCCCCCAGCACCCACAGCGUCCCCGGAUCGCGCCCCCCCCUCAGAGCACCACCACCCAAGUUUUAGUCUGGGGGCGUAUUUUUAGCAAAAGUUAUGGACAUAAAGUUAUGGACAUAAAGCAUAAAUUUUUAUUUACGGCCUGUGACCAUGACUUUUAUUAAAAAUACCCGUGACUAAAAUGUAGCCUUACUAAUGAUCUUUGUGACACUGGUAGAUGAGGUGGCAACUCAAACCAAGACCCCAGGCCUCACUAAACACUUGCAAAUGCAUAGCCAGAAACCAGUCUUGCUUACCUGUGUGUUAGUAUGAUCAAAAUAGAUAUUAGAUAUAAAGUUGAUAAGAAUGUGUUUUAUGUUUAGUCUUUAUAAAAUGCUUGUAGGAUGUUUCAUGAAUUGAUCUCACUUAUAACCUCUACAGCCCAUAGUGUAAAGCUAUAUUAAGUGUUUGCAUAGUAAACCUCUAAUUGUGUAACUCACCAAACAGGAAAAUAAGCAUUAAUUAAAGUAAAGGUCUUGUCCUGUGUACAACAUGGCCCAUUGAAGACAAACAAGGCAUCGUAUGGCAUCAAAGGAAAGAGGCCCGGUUGAUUGCAUUCCUAGCUCCCUCUAGGAAGGAGAGACCUACUCAUGAAGUCAUCCAGUCAGUUUGAACUCUGGAGUGGGGGGAAUAAAAAUCCCUAACAAGGAGAAACUAAAUGUCUUUCAUGCUGUCUGGACUCUGAGGGGCAAAGAAUCCUAAACAUAAGAAAAGAGAUCCCCAGGCUGAUAGCCAUGGAUUAGCCCUGAAAGACAUUUUGAAUGAACAGAUUACUACAACUCUGUCACCUUUUGAACCACAGAUUGAAACUCAUUUGUAUAUAUAUUCUUGCUUGCUUCAACCUGUAAAUAACUCUUAUCUUU